AUGGACGACAGGACAGUCGAUGACGCGUUCAGAUCAGCAGGACAAGUGCCGGGUUUGGAGAUAUGGAGAAUAGAGAAACUAAAGGUUGUGCUGCAGGAGGGAACAACCCACGGGGAAUUCUACAGUGGUGAUUCCUACAUACUUCUCAAGACGAAUAAAAACGCGAAAUCUGACAAACUGGAUUGGGAUGUUCACUUCUGGUUAGGAAACGAAACAUCACAGGAUGAGCAGGGAGUGGCUGCCUAUAAGACGGUGGAGCUUGACGAUUACCUCGGGGGAGCGCCUGUUCAACACAGAGAGGUACAGGAUCACGAAUCAAAAUUGUUUUUAUCCUACUUCAAGCACGGAAUCAAGUACCUUUCCGGGGGCGUGGAAUCUGGCUUUAAAAAAGUCGAGAGAGGAGUAUAUGAGAAGAGGUUAUUCCACAUCAAGGGAAAGAGGAAUGUCCGGGUCCGACAGGUACGGUGUGACUCUAGCUCCCUUAACCAGGGAGACGUAUUCCUGUUGGACUGUGGGAUGACCCUCCACCUUUGGAAUGGACCAUCGAGCAGCCAUUUCGAGCGAUUAAAGGGAUCAGAAGUAGCGAAGAGGAUUCGUGAUGACGAACGAUCUGGGAAGGCGGAGAUCAGAAUCAUUGACAGGUUCUGGGACAUAGACGCGAAGUUUUUCGAUGCGCUAGGUUCUCAUGGUGAAAUAGCAGAGGAAGCCCUGGGCGGAGACGAUACUGCCUACGAGCGCUCUUCCCAGGAAAAGACAACAUUGUACAGAGUUUCAGAUUCAUCUGGAGAAUUAGAAGUGAAAGAAGUCGCCAAAAAACCACUGUCACAGAGUGAUCUUGACUCGAAUGACUGUUUCAUCCUGGACACAGGGGCGAGUGGUAUAUAUGUGUGGAUCGGCAAACACUGCAGUCAGAAUGAAAAAAAGUCUGCUUGGAAACACGCAACAGAUUUCCUCUCCUUGAAAGGUUAUCCCGAGUGGACCAAGGUCACAAGACUGGCGGACGGAGGGGAAACGCCAGUGUUUAAGGAGUACUUCCGGUCAUGGCGCGAUCGAGAUGACCAAAUGGGACUCGGAAACACGUACACUAAGGAAAACAUCGCCAAAAUAAACACAGGUUCAGACAAAAUAGAUUUCAAGGAUUUACAAAGACCACGAUCGGGUAGAGAUGAGAUAGUACCGCCCGUGGUAUCUCCGUAUACAGACGAAUCCAUAAAGAAAUGGCGAGUUGAAACCACGGAGAUGACUCUAAUCGAACCAGAAGAGGUCAGCGUAUUCUCGUCAAAAUCUUGCUACGUCAUCUUGCACUGCUAUCGUGAUAACCUGACACAACAUCACGUGGUUUAUUUCUGGCAGGGUUCGCGGAGUCGUUCGGACGUGAGAGCCGCCUCGGCCAUUGUGGCUCGUAGAACAGACGAAAUGGAAGCGGGCGGCCAUGCUCUCCAGGUACGAGUUCUGGAGGGUAAAGAGCCCGACAUGUUCCUCCUCUUGUUUACGGGACAGAUGCUUGUGUUUAUGUUUGAAUACAAGACUUGGUCGGAGAUAACACAACGGAAACGUCUGUUCCAUAUACGUGGUGAAUGUAGAGUGAACUCAAGGACAAUCGAGGUUGAACCGUCCUCAUCAUCGUUAAACUCCCAGGAUACAUUUCUGCUCAUCAACGGUAAGACCACCGUUAUCUGGAAGGGGAAGCUCUCCAACAGCAAUGAACAUACUAUAUCUCAGGAGAUGGCAGGAUACAUAGCUCCUGAUAAUGUUAUCGAGUGUGUGUCCGAGGAUGAGGAAUCUGAGGCUUUCUGGGAGGCACUGGGAGGGAAAUGUGACUACGCCAAAUUUCACCCUACGGCGGAAACACAAUGGUACCCGCCACGACUGCUGCAUUGUUCGAACACGACAGGCAAAUUUAGGGUAGAUGAGGUGUUCAACUUUACCCAGGAGGAUCUUUGUGAGGAUGACGUGAUGUUACUUGAUACUCACCAAGAGAUAUUUGUAUGGAUAGGAAGAGGAGCGAAUCGACAGGAAAAGAAGGACGGUCUUCAGUCAGCAAUGGACUAUCUAGCGGCAGAUGAGACUGAACGAAACGAAGGCAAUACUCUGCUUCUACAGCUUAAACAAGGUUAUGAGCCCGCAAUGUUCACCUCCCACUUCCAGGGAUGGGACAGUCAGAGAUUUACCAAUACAACGGAACAAAUGUCCCAAAUGGAUACAGAAGAAAAUUCUCAGUGUUACACGGUUCAAGAGGAACUAGCCCGAUACAGCGCCACCUUCAGGUACGAGGAGUUAGUGGGCAGACUACCGCCUGUCGGAGUUGACCCGACCUGUAAAGAGGUAUACCUCUCGGACGCGGAGUUCCAGAAAAUAUUUGGACUUAACAGAUCAGUCUACAAAAAAAUGCCAAGAUGGAAACAGAUGAACUUGAAAAAGGACGUCGGGUUGUUCUGACGUGUAAUCCUAGUAUCUGGCUCAGCUGGACUACUCUCCCUUAACUUAUAUCACGACACAGUGUCCUUAAUCCUAGUAUCUGGCUCAGCUGGACUACUCUCCCUUAACUUAUAUCACGACACAGUGUCCUUAAUCCUAGUAUCUGGCUCAGCUGGACUACUCUCCCUUAACUUAUAUCACGACACAGUGUCCUUAAUCCUAGUAUCUGGCUCAGCUGGACUACUCUCCCUUAACUUAUAUCACGACACAGUGUCCUUAAUCCUAGUAUCUGGCUCAGCUGGACUACUCUCCCUUAACUUAUAUCACGACACAGUGUCCUUAAUCCUAGUAUCUGGCUUAGCUGGACUACUCUCCCUUAACUUAUACCACGACACAGUGUCCUUAAUCCUAGUAUCUGGCUCAGCUGAACUACUCUCCCUUAACUUAUACCACGACACAGUGUACUUAAUCCUAGUAUCUGGCUCAGCUGGACUACUCUCCCUUAACUUAUAUCACGACACAGUGUCCUUAAUCCUAGUAUCUGGCUCAGCUGGACUACUCUCCCUUAACCUAUACCACGACACAGUGUCCUUAAUCCUAGUAUAUGGCUCAGCUGGACUACUCUCUCUUAACUUAUACCACGACACAGUGUCCUUAAUCUUAUUUACAUUUUUUUUACCUUUUUUAAUAUUUCGAACAUUUCUUGUCCGUAACGGUUGGAUAGAGUUUUACAUACAACAUGCUUUGAUCUGGAGGAUCAUUGAUU